AUGCAUGGGAGAAAUAGCAAAGCACAGUUCCCCGGCUCUGCCGGUUCUGUGCGAAGCGAUUCAGAACAAGAUACAAGUGUUCAUCUUCCCCCUCCACCAUUAAAUCUCGACAAUUAUCCCCGCCUGUACCGCAGAUUAGCUCUAUCUCUUUCGCACCUCCACCGCCCUACACGAGACGACUUCCUGAAAGUAGCCAAUGGUUUUUGGCAACGUCUACGGAUCCGCUUUAAGUGGUUUACUAUACGUUCUUUUCGGAGAUUUAAUGCAGAUGAUAUCUCCGCUUUCAUAACAUGGUUCCUAAUGAGCCAAACUCUGUGGAUAUUGGUCGGAACAACAACAUUCUUUUCCGUGGUUUUUGCCACUGCUAAUAGUCUGCAAUUGCAAGAAUAUGUAGCACGCGCCAUAAGCAAUUAUCUCACCAGUGAGACUGGCGUCACAGUCAUAUUCGAAUCUGCUAUUGUUCCUAAAUGGAAAGACUCUCGCAUCUCCUUCAAAAAUGUAUACGUCUCCCGCCGAUCAUCGUCCACCAGCCGCCCACCAGCGCCAAAAAAACAUAUUGGACAUAAAGCGGCCGUUGGAUAUGAUGUCAGCAGCCAUCCCGCAUACAACUAUUUUGUGGAUGACGACGAAGAAGUAGUCGAGAGUCACACCGAGGACGAUGUCAACUAUUCCAUGUUUGACCUCAACGUAGACUCCAUAGACGUCACUUUAUCGCUCCAACACUGGCUGAAUGGCAAGGGCCUUGUGGAGGAUGCUGUGAUCAAAGGCGUUCGCGGAGUACUAGACCGUCGCUCUGUUUUCUGGGACCCAGAAAACCCACUUGACCCGGCUGCAUUCCGUCAUGUUGGUGGCCAAGGCGACUUUGAGAUAAAUUCUCUGCAGCUCGAGGACGUCCUUGUGACCGUGUACCAACCGGCCGAUUUUAGGCCUUAUACCGCCUCGAUUUUUCGUGCAGACAUAAGAACUUUCCGGAAGCAAUGGCUCUUCUACGACUUUUUGCGUGCGGAAAACGUCGUAGGGCAGUUUGAUAACUGCCUGUUCAGUUUGCACAAACCUCAAAGCAUCGGCCGAACUACUGAACAGGAUCUCAAGGAUGGCAAAUGGUCGCGGAUGUCUAGGAUUCGCAUUGAUGGCGUCAAUAUUGAUCAUAUGCAAAAUUCCACGACAUUGGAAGGCGGUCCCCUGUCGUGGAUAACAUCUGGCAAAGUUGAUGCAGUACUAGAUAUAAAAUUCCCUAGGGAUGCAGAAGAUGAAUUUGCGUUGAAUGCCAUUCUCGGUGAGCUCGCAGAUGCCAUCACCACGGCGGCUACCGCUUCUCUACCCGUUGAGAGGAUACCGGGGCAGCGAGAGCUCGCGAAACCACCUCUGACUGCACCUACGACCGAUAACGAGAGAGAAGCCGAUGAUAGUCCUAAGGUCGUCAUCGACAUAGAUCUGCGAUUUAGGGAUCUCAAGGCUGCUGUUCCGCUAUUCACAUCGGAUCUCUCAUAUGUCAACAGCGCACUGAUAAGACCUAUAGUAGCAUUCAUGAACGCACAUCAUACCUUGGUUCCUAUUCACUGCAGAGUGGUUAAAGAUUUGAGCGAUUAUGACGGUGCAUGGACUGUGACUGGCCUCAUGGAUGAAAUUUCACAGAAGAUAUAUGAUGCGCUCGCUUAUCACGUCUCCCAAGUCAACUUGAACAGGCGAGUGAAAGCAGUCAGCAUGUGGUCAUUGCAGAUGACUGCCAGCGCUGUGCUGUCUGCGCUGAGGAACAUAGUGGAUCCAGUAUCCAUGCAGGUCCGGGAUCUGUACUACGUGAAUGGCGUUCCAUAUGACUCCUUAAUUCCUGGACCGUAG